AUGCAGCUAGGCGCUGCAUGCAGUUCCUCCUCUCCCGGCGCUGGCUCCACCAGUGGAAAUUCAUGCCUCGCCUGCGCAUCACCUCCCACACCCGAGAUUAACAAGUUCAUCACCAGCCUGCUGCUCCUCCGAGACCCGGGCCAAACGCUAGAUGAGUUCGAGCUUGACUUUAACUACGGGCCAUCCGAUGACGACGACGACGACGAAGACAAUGAUGACGACGACGUUGCGUACCCGAACAUUUGGAUCCGACAUGCUUUGCUGUGCCGGGCUCGGGUGCUUUCUAUCACACUGUUUGCCGAAUUCAAGCUCGUGUUCAACGUCCCUCCUCUGGUCUCCAGGCAUUUGACAAUACUGGAGCUCGCUUUCCUGGACUUGGGCGGCAACAUUCUUCAUUUUUCAAGCUGUCCAUCCUUGGAGGUUCUGGACCUAGAAGACUGCAUCAUCAGAACCGGCAAGAUUUCGUCCCAUUCAGUUAAACGUCUGAGCGUCCAAGAUUGCAAUUUCUGCCAUGAUACCCGGACUCGUAUCUCUGUCCCAGGUCUCGCCAACCUGCAACUUGUGGAUUUCACUGGUAAAGCUCCAUUGCUUGAAAGCAACACAUCAUUAAAAACUGCGAUUCUCUAUCCUUGCUCGGAUGAAUGCUGCGAUGAAGGUGAUUCUGGGGAAUGUUGUGCUACUUGUGCAAAAUGCUGUGGUGAUGAUGACCAUAAAAGUGGUUGUCUGCUUCUUGGAGGUUUGUCCAGUGCUACAUAUUUGAAGUUGAUAACUUUUUCUCCUGAACAGAUUACUUUCAGAAGGGAUUUGAAAUGGUGCCCCACAUUUAUUAAGUUGAAGAAACUAUUUCUGGAUGAUUGGUGCGUGGGAGCUGACCUCCGUGGACUAGUUUGCAUGCUUGAGCAUUCACCGAUUCUCGAGAAGCUGACACUUCAAUUGCGUAAGGGACCUGAACGCACUUUGGAAAGGGAGGAGAAUUAUGGUCUGAUGGAGAAAUCAGCCUCUGUAUCAGAGCACCUUAAGAUGAUCACUGUGAAAAGGUUGAUCAGAGAGUCUCCAGAAUUUUGAAGUUCUUGAGUACAUUUGGCAUAGAUAUUACUAUCAAAAGGAAUGGAGAGAUGUAAGCUAACUAUUGACUCUCUUCACAGUUUGUGUAUUUUGAAAUUAACUUUAUAUAUGUUUGAGUGAAAAUAUUUCCUAAAUUAUGAA